CGUACACAAACAUUGCCGGCACCCAACUGAAGUGAGAGCGAUAGAGGGCGCUAUACGUCUAAUGCACGUGUUCAACACUAAAUUCAACUUUUACAGCUCGGCUAGCUGCACGGGCACGUCUCUGAAAAUGGCGGAGAAACUUCAGAUGAUCAUCGACUGCGACCCGGGCGUGGAUGAUGCGGUGGCAAUCAUGAUGGCACUGGCUCAGCCCAGCGUAGACCUACUGGCCAUCACCUGUGUGGUUGGGAACACAGUGCUUGAUAACGUGCUCCGUAAUGCACUCAGAGUGCUGAGAGUUUGUAACAAGAUGGAUAUUCCUGUGUAUAGAGGGGCAGACACCGCCUUGCUAAAUCUCGACUACAAACACUCGCACCACGUUCAUGGCUCCGAUGGGCUAGGGGGCGUGGUUGACCCGGACCCGCCCAGUCUUGACCUCGUCCAAUCAGAGCAUGCAGUCCACGCCAUGCUGCGUCUGACCAAGGAGCGUCCCGGUCAGGUGACCAUGCUGGCCAUCGGACCGCUGACCAAUCUAGCCCUGGCCCAGCGGAUGGAUCCGGAGUUCACCGGUAGACUGAAGAAGCUGGUAAUCAUGGGAGGCAACACAGAGGGUUCUGGAAGCAUGACUGAUGCGGCUGAAUUCAAUUUUUACACGGAUCCGGAGUCAGCUCAUAUUGUGAUGAGCUCCGUGCAGUGUCCUACGGUGAUUGUAGGCUGGGAAACAUGCCUGAAAAGUGGACUGCCCUGGGAUUGGUGUGACAAAUGGAUUGCCAAGCACCCAAAAGCUCUCUUUGUCAGCGAUAUCCUGAAAGCUUUCAUCAAUCGCCUGCGCAAAUCAGACAGACCUCGCUUCAUCAAUUGUGACGGAAUUGCGAUGGCGGUUGCCAUCGAUCCCAGCUCGGUCCUGGAGUCAUCGCACCUGCCAGUUUGCGUGGAGCUGCAGGGGACGGUCACACGUGGACAGAUGGUCCCUGUAGUCAAGAACACACAGGGGCUGGAGCUGGGACCACAAGUGGAGAUCGUCAAGACCUGCAACACUGAUAUCAUAGCGGCCAUGUUUGACAAAGCCACUGAUUAGAGAAAAAGGAUUUCCAUUUAAGUAGUUUAUUGGCAUCUGACAUGUGCCAACUGAUCAGUGUUAAUAGUUGAAUCCAUGAAAGUCCAUCCCAAGCCUGGUCACAAAUUAAUCACAAAUCUAUUCCCAAGUCAGGUCUCAAGUAACAGUGGAUGAACAAUAACAAAAGGAUGUGUUUGUGGCAGUUCGUGUGAGUAGCUUGAGACUUGAAUUUGGACUUUGAUGGACUUGGCAUGGAUUGGACUACAACACUGCCAUUGGUAACGGCUCUCUUGACACUAAUGGUGCGAAUACAAACCUGUUUACACAUUAGAUGUAAGUGUGAGUACUGCCCUGCUUCGUCAUCAUUUUAUAAGCACUGUAGACUCGGUCUGACCUGAGCAAGCUUGUUAAUGUUUCUCGCAAACUCUCAGACGGCACAGAGUAUACAGUGCUCAUGAAAAGCAAAAAUCAGUCUUAAAUUUGUACAUUCACAAGGCAAGCAAAACAUUGUUAACGAUUUCGAGUUUGCACAAGCUUUUCCCAAUUUAUGUUUACCUACAAAAUGGUGUAUCGGUUGCAAGUAUUUGCAUGAGAGGAACUUGCCGAAGUGCAAAGACACCAUACCCACCAUACCGAACUGAAACGUUUACUCGUUUACCAUAAGAGGAUAUAGUUUUACAAUAAAUACAAUUUCUAAGACACAAAUUUAAGAGACUUGUGCUGGUGCUUUUAGCCCGAAUUCCCAAGUCAAAAUCAUGUUAAAAUUUUAGGGUUCAGGACUGUUAGGGUUUUGUAUUCAUAUUUAAAUAAGCGCUUAGAAUUUUCAGCCAAAGAUAUAUAUUCUUGCAGCUUCCAAAUCAACUUAUAUUCAUAUAUCUUUCUCCUUUUUCUCUUUUACAUUGUUUCUUGAAAGAAUUUUAUUUUAUAAUAAUCUCAUCUUUUAAAAGAAUUAGAAUGUAAGAGGAAUUGUUGAAGGUACUGAAAAUACUUUUGGGAAUACUAAUAUUUAAAAGCUUUAAUUAUUCGGUUUUGUCUCAAAUUAAAACAAGUUCUCAAAUUAAAAUGUGUUCUGCCCUGUGAGAAUUCUUAAAUGAUGUGUAUAUCAUGAUACGAUAUGAUUCUCAAUCAAACUUCGAGCCUGUGGAUUUAUUAAAAUGUUUAAAUAUUAUUCUAGGUCUCUGUAUGAUUACUGUACAGUUUUAAAUAAUUUUUAACCUUAAUAUGGACAAAACAGAAAGGAAAAUAUACUAAAUUUGAAGUUAUGUUGACAAUAGUUUGAGCAUCACAACAAAAAGAGAAUGACGGGUCAGCCAGCAGAACUUUUUAACAUACAUGUACACAGUGUUUGACUAAAUGAUUUUGUCCUGGAUUCUGUGAAGUGAAACGGGUCAUAACACGGUUUUAAGUCUUUGUACUUUAAAAAGAAUCUUUUCUAGUAUGGUACUUCAAAUUUCAACUGCCAUUAGUCAAAAUAAAAGUCGUUUUGAUAGCCAUCUGUAUACACAACUUUUCUAAGGAAAGAGUUUUUAAUUUACUUGCAGAAUGCAGCUCAUUUUCCGGUACUGAACUAUGGGAGAAAUAAUGUUUCAGGUGUGAAAAUAAAACAGUAUAAUUGUA